CCGUAUUUAUAUAUAAGAGGGACCGGUGACCACGAUUCAAACACACUCGAUCAAGAGAAAUACUUCGAUCAGCACCGACCUAUUAAGUACAAAACCGCAGAAAACUUCGACUUCAGUACGACAUCAUGACGUCUUCAAAAAACACCGAUGCCAUUCUACAACAUAUGAUGAUAACCGUCGCGUUAGUCUUGGUCAUGUGCACCGGCGUUUUCACCCGCGAGUACAACGUAUUUGAUAAUCUUCAACCAGGAAAAGAUCCAAGGUGUCAUUAUUUUAAUAUGCACAUAAGCAGAUGCAAAGUUUCAUUGUAUCCUAUUUUUAACUACACCUUAUCAGGGUGGUUCUAUCAUGCACCGUUCAAGUCUUGCCGUCCCAUGUUUUCUCCCGGUGGAAUCAGACACUGCGAAGAAAACUUAGAUCUUCCGCUGACAAAAGAUGAAUGCGAAGAAAUAUGUGGCGAAAAAUGUCCCAUCAGUACCGGUCAACCGGGAAUUUGCAUGAUGGAGGAAUACUGUCGUCACUUCACAGACCCGGAUCUAGCUAUGGCCGUAAGUAGACAUUGCCAUGCGUACAACGUCAAGUGUUGUCCCCCCAGAGUGGGACCACUGAACCCCCUCAAGCAGGUCAGAGUGCGCCAGCAGACCGUACCGCCAACUCCGGCCGGACAAACUACGAAGAGUUAUCCAGUUACUGAAUUGCAAACAGUUAAAGUCCCCCCCCAUCUCCAAUGAAAAUUCAACUUAUAAUUAACUAAAUAUGAGACAUUUAGAGAACUUAGUUGUAGUUUCGCACCGCAUGCGAAAUUCUUACAAAUUACAAUUCAUCUUACAAUUAUACUUAAAUAAAUAUAUUAACAUUAUCGUUUAAAAAUUAAUACAACAAUAAAUAUUACUAUGUCAAGUUAUUAUAAUAUUGCAUGUAUUUACAAUCACAUACGUCGUCGGUGCAAACAGGGAAAAUAAAAUAAAGCGGAAAACGAACUAUUUAUACUAAUAAUUUAUGAUAAAACGCUCGCACACGUCUAUUAUUCCACCAACAAUAGUUUCACACCAAUGUCGUUCGGUUUUUUGUUUUUAUUUUAUUAUUUUAUCUUACGAAAACUCGAAUUUUAAUAAUGUACACUUCGCGGGCUAGCUCGUUGAAUUAUAUCCGUACACACGCCCAAUUUGUCAUUUGUUUUUUUUAUUAUUACCGUCCUUUUUAUUGUUUUGUUCACAUGGUCCUUUGUCAAUUUGUCACAAUUCUCCUCGUGCACCGACGGAAUAUUGUUAAACGCGGGCGAGACGUGCUUACGCGACAUGGUUAAACAAUAAUCGUAAUGCAUCGUAUAUAUCUUGUAAUAUUGUAAUAA